UAUUGGAUCAGCAUCCGCGCACGAACCAUCGCCAGCUCCGUCGACCGACUAUCAUAAUAAUACAUAACUGUUUCUACUACUAUUAUUAUUAUUAUUAUUGUUAUUCCGUAUUUGCCUCCUCGCCGGGGAUUAUUUUACACACUAAUCUAAUAUCGUUGUAUAUUAAAAUAAAUCCGUUAGAAAUGCUGACCACUCCACGACUUUCGUUCGGCGUGCCGGCGAUGUUGUUACUACUGGUCGUCGGUUGCCUUUGCAGACCACAGGACGCCGGAAAUGGCAAACCGGCGAGAGACGGAGGAGUCAAACCGCUGGAGAGCGCGACUGGGCCGACGACUCCCUUCAACAACCGGAAUAGCAGACUUCAGAAGCCCACGCAAGUGUUGAACACGGGCUUUGACGAGAUCGUCGUCGAGUCCAAUUUGCAAGUGCACAACCGAGUCGGAUCCAAAAACAAGUCAAAGAUCAUGUUGCCUUCCAACUCGACGACCGCGGCUUCAUCGAUGCAGACCAACAAAUCGGCCAGAUCGUUGGUGGUCUGACGCGUGUGACGGCACACUUAUCACUGAAACGAUGAGAUGUAUAAUAUUAUAAUAUACCUUUACCUGUCUUAUUAUAAUUUACCAUAAACCACGCACAAUGUAUUAAUCCGGACAAUAUAAUUAUUAUUUUUAUUCAAACCGCAUCGCGCUCCGAUCUGCGUUACGUUCGACAAUUAAUGCAGCGAACAUGUUUGUAAUAUGAAACAAAAAAAUGAAUAUAAUUUAUAUUUAUUUAUGAAUUUAAUAUAUUAUACUUAAUAUACGAACAUGAGUCACGUAA